AUGAAAGGUUAUGACUUUGAAGCAGUGAGAAAAAAGAUGCCCUUCGUAAACGAAGUUAUUUAUAAAACAUUUUACGUUUGUGUCGCUGUCUAUCUUGCAUGGGCAAUCGUUUCGUUAUUCUUCUACAUCAAUUCUUCAACCUCUACAGCGGCAAAGCUGGAAAAGCAAGAAAGAUUGCGAUCCAGCUUGCAUAACCUAUCUCGAAAUAACAUGGCUCAUGACGGCUGUGCUUGUCAGUAUAAGAAUAUGUCAUACGACUUUUGCUAUCGCUUUCCUGAGGACAAGAGUAUUAAAGGAAAACGCUUUACUUGUAAAUAUGCCUUUUAUCUACAAGCUCUGGAUCUCUUGUCAAAGAGGAAUGCGAUAGAUCUCGAAAAUGACUACAUGCCUUUCCCCAGAUUUGUGACGGCAAUGUCAGAAAAUCACUACAGUGAAGGUCUCACCUUGAUAGCUAACAUUCGCAAAUUUUUAAAGAUGGAAUGGAUAAUCGUUUACGAUUUGGGUCUCAAAAACAAGUCAGCAACUAAUCUGCGAAGCAAGUGCUUCGUGGAAUUGCGCCAGUUUCCCUUUGAAAUGUAUCCUGAACAUGUUAAAAACCUUAAAGAGUAUAGAUGGAAGCCGCUUCUGAUAGCAAAGACACUGAGCGAAUUUGGUGCUGUUUGGUACAUGGAUACUUCCAUACGAUGGCCUAAGGAUAUUCGUGACUUAUUUUACAAAGAGAUCGCAUGCCGCAGAAAGACACGGCUUGAUAAAUCUCCAGCCAUUGGGCAUUGUAAAAAGACAAGCUACUUAUUGAGCCAUCCGACUAUACACGGUAUAUAUGCAGCUACGCACCCUGCAUUGUACAAGUAUCUACCGACGAAUAUCAAGAAACUGGAAGAGACUUUAUGCUACUCCGCUGCGUUUGCCUUUAUUGUCAGGACUGCCGAUACUGUUGAGCUGAUGAAAUGGUCAGUUUUGUGUGCUCUUGAGAAAAAUUGUAUGGCACCUCCAGGAGCAAACCUUCCGUGCACUUUUGGAAAUGACAUGCUCAAGGACUACGCAUACUGCCACCGAUACGACCAGUCGGUUAUCAAUGUACUUUUGGCAAAUUCCUACAAUUACAAAACAGAAAAAUACGUUGUGAGCGAAGGAGACGUCGCACAAGCUUACAGAGGGGAAAAUCACUCGGAAGAGGACUUUGCUUGCUGGUGAAUACUCAGAAGUAAAGAUUAAUGCAUUGCACUACUAGCGAUACGAAAGCUUGAUGAGCCCCUCACUACUUUUCUUUUUUUUUUUGUUUACAUUGUGAUUUUUAGUCGCGGGGUAAACGAGAUGUUUUUGUUCAUAAGGCAAAUGCGUCUUUACUUGCUAGGUUGU